AUGCACCGCGGACCGCCGGCACUUCUGCAUACUGUAGGCGUCGCGACACGGAGCAAAUCAUUCGCAGCGAGUACGAAACUACCAGGGAGAUUAACACCUCUCCCGUCGACAUCUUCCACGCUCCAGCCUACCAACACUUUACUGUCCUCUUCAGCGGGAAUAGCCUCUCUGCGCCAGCUCGUCAGCGCCUCUACACUAACCAGCACUUCAACAAGCGGCAAGAAACGUGUCGGGUCACUGGAUGCUCACUGUCGUCUCCUCUCAAGAGGAACCUCAGCCGAUAGUUACAUGCCAAUGACGUCACGCUCUUUCGAUGUUUUUGAAGGUAACAACAAGCAGGCAUGGCUGGAUCUCAAAACUGGCUGGUGCCAUCUCUGCCAAGAACCACUAGGUGCGACAAUGGGUGUCCAUAUUGGCGACCGUGAUCACACUAAUCUACAGUAUUUUCUGUUUCUCUACGCAGCUCAUGGGCGUCGAUGGUCAAGUGAGGAGGUUCUUCGUUCCUGUCUCGCCACCGCUCCGACGGUGCACAACUACGCGACAAGGCACACAACGUGGGACCACUUGCAUGUCAUGGACGACGCGCUGCGUCGCGCUGAGUUGGAGGCGCUUCUUUUCCAUCUGACACACCCACCACAACAGGCCCUGUCGCACGUGCUUCAGGGUCGCAGCCCACUGGGAUUUUGGUACAGUGGAGAACGUAUGUGGAAGUUGCGUAUCUCGCGCCUCGUCACGCAGGUGUUUCCCCCCAUCUCUGCGGGGAUGAUGACAAACUUCACACAGAAGUGCUGGGGUCGUAGUAACGGCGAAAGGAUGUAUGAUGCCUUAAGGUUGCAACGAAUAAAGGCUUACUAUGGCUGGCAACCGUACGAAAGUAAGGAGAAGAAAGCCUUUUUCGUGCGGCAACUGCUGUGGGAGCUGCUUUCCGUGGAGGUACGUGACGAGGUAGAUGAAUUAACAAAACACAUGGCGGAUCUUGCGCUACGGCGUAUGGCGUUUGAGAUGAUCUUCUUGCAGUCAAUGGAAUACAUGCAUAAGGUACAAUAUGUGUACGAUUUGAUGGGGAGACCCACUGUGGAUGAACUUGCAGCAAUGAAUUUGCUGUAG